AAAUAGUACCUAUGAAUUACGAAAUACGAAUCGAUACAUAAAUACAUAAUUGAUAAAUUUUUAUAGUACGUAUUUUGGUAAUUGGUGAUCAAAGGUCGUAUUCGGAAGUCAGUAGAACUUUCAUAUUUGCAAGGUAAUUAAACCUAGCUAGAAAUUAAAGAUGGACAGCUUAGAAUUGGUUUCUUCUAACAAGAUAUUUGGUGGUGACCAAAAAGUUUACUCGCAUGAAUCCUCAGAGCUACAAUGCAAAAUGAAUUUCUCCAUCUAUUUACCACCUCAGGCAGAAGGUGGUGAUGUCAAAUUGCCUGUAAUUUUUUAUCUUUCUGGACUAACAUGCACAGAACAAAAUUUUAUUACCAAGUCUGGUUUUCAAAGAUAUGCUGCAGAACAUGGUAUAAUAGUUGUAGGACCAGAUACUUCUCCUAGAGGGGUAAAAAUAGAGGGUGAUGAUGAAUCAUGGGACUUUGGAGUCUCAGCUGGCUUUUAUUUAGAUGCAGAAAAAGAACCAUGGGCAAAACACUAUAGAAUGGGAAGCUACGUGAACAAAGAAUUGUAUGACCUUAUCAUUAAUGCUUUCAGCAAUGUAGUCGAUUCAAAAAGGAUUGGAAUCAUGGGUCAUAGCAUGGGUGGUCACGGAGCUCUGAUUUCGGCCUUACGAAACCCAGGUCAAUACAAAUCUGCCAGUGGAUUUGCGCCCAUUUGCAACCCCAGUGCUUGUCCAUGGGGUGUCAAAGCAUUCUCUGGUUACUUAGGUGAAGACAAAAGCAAGUGGACAGAGUGGGAUGCCACCGAGCUUGUGAGGAAAUAUGAUGGCCCACCACUAACUCUUUUCCUAGACCAGGGAGCGGCUGACAAAUUCUACAUUGAAAAACAGCUGUUGCCUGAGAACCUUGUUCAAGCCUGUCGGUCAGCUGGCGUUCCCGUUAUAUUGAAGUUACGUGAAGGCUACGACCAUUCAUACUAUUAUAUCUCCACCUACAUUGGAGAGCACUUUGAUUUCCAUGCUAAAAUUCUUACAGCAUAAAUUAAGUAAUCACACAGUAAAUCUAAAGGUUAUGGUCAUAAUUUUUUUACAAAUGCUCUCAAAGAGUUAAUCCUUCAUUCUAUUCAGAUUUUAAGUUUUGCAAAUUUAUACCUCUGAUGCAUUUAUCUAUGCUAUAUGUAUUUUUGUACAUAUACUUAAGAGUAAAAUUAAAAAAUAAAAGUUUAUAAAACUU